AUGGACAACCUAGAUCAGAUCGACAACGAGUUCGAGCUGGCCGCGCCGGAGACAGGGCCACCGCCUAAGCAGAUUCCUCCAACCUCCUACGCCUAUACCGCAACAUAUCUUCGCGAACCACUCUACCAACCGCAAUUUGACGAUAUCGUGCCGGCUCUCCACUACCCCUCAUCUGCACGACAAGUCGACCGUCCCAUGGUACCGCCUCUAUACCCUCCCCCUCUACCUCACGCCGAUCUAAUUCCAGUACCACUUCCACGUGUGCCAUCGGCCCCUCGUCCACCACAUCGUCAGGUGUUAGAUAACUUCUUCCCACCGCAGACACGUCAGUCUCGCAAGCGAAAACGUACACCAUCAUUCGACCAGUGGGGAGACACGUUGGCGGAAGAGGAUUUCAAUCUUGUCAUUGUUCUCACUCUCGAUGGUCGCUCCACCAAGACGAUCGGUCGCCAACUGAAAAUGGUUCUGCCUCCAGCGAUCAAUCACAAUAUUGAGAAGCCUGAAUACAUCUUCGAGAUCCAGAAGUAUGUCGGUACUCUUUUCCAUGAGGGUAGAUUGAUUGGAGCCUUCAAGCCUACCGUGCUUAACGCCAUGAUCGAAGGCUUCCUCAAAUGGUGCACUGGACAAGACAACAAUGGCUUACGCACACUUGCUCGCGCAAAAGAAGCCGAUGACUAUGGUGAUGACAAGGCACAGCUCAGAGCCCUAGCACAAGCGCGAAAAAACCAUGGCGCGACUCCCAUUAACGAGCAAUAUGGAUACACCACGGCUUGGGCUCAAGAACAGACUGGGGAAUGGAGGAACAUGAUGGAGGAAUGGUGGACCAAAGGGACUGUCAAGGGCAAGAAUAUCCCCGAGCAGAGCCUUUGA